AUGUCAACACCAAUGGAAAUUAAAGAAAAAGAAGAUAGAGGAGAAUAUUUAUUUUUUAAAGUUUUUAGAAAUAAAGUUAUAAGAACAGUUAUAUUCAAAUUUAUAGAAGGUACAGGAUGGAAAUAUUCAAAUAUUUUAUCAGCAUUAUGGAUGAUGAAUAAUAAACAUUUUGAAUUAUUUAAAGAUAAAUUAAGAACUCAUAGUGAUAUUGAUUAUUCAAUAGAUUCAUAUAUUAAAGUUGUGGAAAUGAUUGAAGAUAUGGAUAUUUUCUUAUUGUUUAUGCAAGAUGUAAUCAAAAGGAUUACAAUAGCAUCAUUAGCAUUUAAAGAGAAAGAAAAGUUGGUACCAUUCAUUGAUUAUUUAGCAAGUUUUGGUAAAUUGGAAUUCAUUAAAUACAUUGAAACUCAUUAUGGAGAUAAUAAAAAAGUUAUAUAUACAGAGAGUCCAAUUGAUUGCGCAUGUUUAUCAGGUUCACUUGAAUGUUUAAAAUAUUUAGAAGAGAAAUAUACCAAAUGUACAACCAAAGCAUUGGAUAAUGCUUCAAAGAAUGGUCAUUUAGAAAUGGUUAAAUAUCUAUUGGAAAAUAGAACCGAAGGUGGUGAGCAUGCUCUAUCAUUGGCAAUUGAAAAUGGUCAUUUAGAGGUGGUCAGAUAUUUAACUGCCCACGAUAGCACCUUAAAAACUACUGAACAAAGUUGGAAUAAAGCCGCAGAGAAUGGUCUUUUGGAAAUGUGUAAAUAUUUACAUGAGAAUAGAAAAGAGGGAUUCACAGUAUUCGCCGUUGAUAAAGCAGCCCAAAAAGGUCAUUUACAAGUGGUUAAAUUCUUAUUGGAGAAUAGAGACGAGGGUUGCACUGCCACCGCAUUAAGUUUGGCCGCAAAGUAUAAUCAUGAAGAGAUUUGUAAAUAUCUAAUAGACGUAAAUGCACCAAUCAAUAGUAACAGUAUUUGUAAUGCUGCUUUGGCUGGUAAUACAAAUUUGGUUAAUUAUAUUCAUUCUAAAACAAGUUAUCGUGUCUCUGCAAAUGCAUUCAGUUAUGUUUGUCUUAAUGGUGAUUUUGAAAUGGUCAAAUGUUUAUCUCAAUUGGAUACUCCAAUGACUUGUUCUGCCUAUGAAAAAGCUGCUCAAAAUGGUCAUUUCAAAAUCGUUGAAUUCCUUCAUUUCUCUCGUCCAAAAGAUGUCUCUUCACCUCAAGCUGCAAAUUUAGCUGCUCAAUUCAAUCACUAUCAAACCCUUUGUUUCCUUAUAAAAUAUCGUCCUGAAUCCAAUCUUCAUACCGCUUUAAAAGCCGCAACUGAUAAUAAAAAUGAAAAAAUUAUAAAAUUCUUAAAUAAUGCAAUUGCUGAUCCAAAAUCAUUACAAUCAAUGGUUAUUUAA